UCGAGAUCGACCAUUGCUUGACAAUUAAAGUUGUUUUUCGUAUAUAAAUGGUUGAUUUAAGGGUACUAAAGUGGUCUGGACAAUAAAGUGCAGUAUGCCUUAUGUGAAAAGACCCCAGACCACAGAACCACUAGUGAAACUUUGGGACAGAAAGGCUCAAAAAUGUGGACUUCAUCACACGGUGUAUUCCGUCAGUGGAGAUCAAUACACGGGCGAAUGGAUGGAUAAUAAGAAGCACGGAAAGGGAAAGCAGGUUUGGAAGAGAGCAGGAAUAGUCUAUGAUGGAGACUGGAGGUGUGGAAAGCGGGACGGGUUUGGAACCCUAAGCAGGACGGACCCUGAAACCAAAGACUAUACGAGGGUUUAUGUCGGGUCUUGGAGGAAUGACAAGAAGGAAGGUGCUGGGUCAUAUUUCUACAGUGCGUCUGCAUUCUAUGAGGGCCAGUGGAGUGGAGAUCAGAGGAGCGGAUGGGGACGAAUGCAGUAUGAGAAUGGAGAGCUGUAUGAAGGAGAGUGGCUGAGGGACAAACAUCACGGGGAGGGCUUGAUUUUACUAGCUAAUGGAAACCGCUUUGUGGGCACCUGGAGUGAUGGGAAGAAGAACGGACAUGGCCAGUUGUUCUUCCUGGACCGAGGGCAGCUGUACGAAGGGUUCUGGGUCGACGAUGUUGCUAAAUGUGGAAGCAUUUCUGAUGUCGGAAGAGAAACAGCAGUCAGACCGACAGUCUAUCCCAUUCCUAAGGUUUGCCUACAGGACCCACAGGCUGUGCUGAUAGACGCACAGGCAUAUUUCACUGAGGAUGAAGAGAAAUCAGCAGAGAUCACGGAGUCGAUUCAUAAGCAGUAUUCACCUUGAUGAUGACCUGAAGUCAAGAAAAGCAGACCUGUGCAGUGAAACACGGUUUAUCAACGCCUCAGUCAGCUUACACUCACAAUAAAAACACACCAUACAUAAAAAAGCAGCCGAUACAUUAUGCAUCUAUUAACAAUGAACAAAAUGCUCAUUUCAGCAGGACACACACGUGGUAGAAAAGAGCACAAAAAAAGUGUUUGGUUGAAGUGGAUUUGAUUAAGACUUUAAUGUAUAAAAUGUGGGUUUUCGCACAUGUAGUGUACUGAUAAAAAAGAGCUGCUGAAUCAAACUUAAACAAAAUAUGAAUAUAAUUUCAAAUACUUUAGACAAAAUAUUACUGUAUUUCAAUUUGGCAACACUGAACAUGUUAAAGAGAUCGAUCUCCAAAAAAAGUAAACUUCUGUCAUCAUUUACUCACCCCUUUACCUUCUGUUGUACAAGUAAAUAUAUUCAUGCUAAAGAGGAUAUUUUUCCCUAUCAUAGAUGCUGGUUUCCAACAUUCUUCAAAAGAAAAGAAAAUAAAUGUAUAUAU